GCCUUUCAUUUCUUUGAUUUAUAUCUGAUAGCUGUUCCUCAUCGUUUCUUCUAUUUAUAAAGCUCAUCUUGUAGGGAAGGGGAUCUUUCUGUUAUGUUAUAAAGCCCAAUGAUACAAUAACUCACCAGAGGAAAUCACAAAGCUCAAACAUCUGAUUUCAAUGCCCUUUCUGGAAAUCGUGGCCAGAGUUUUUUCUAGAACGAGAACAGUUAAAGUCCAAGCAUUGUGUUGUUAGAGAACAAGUUUGCAACCAUGCAGAGACUAGCAGAAGAAGGUCUAGUACUGCAGCUGGCAACGGGAUAACAUCCCAUGAGCAGCACUUCCUGUAAUUGCAUUUAUAUGGCUAGGAUCGUAUUGUACUACCUGGUAUGGUUCACAUCUCUUCAACCAAUCAUUGUUAACUUAAUCUCUAGAUUUGUUAUCAAGCAGAGGAGACAACAAAAGAGGAUGGACACUUAAUUGAGUCAUUUGCUUACCGUGGAUCUUUUAAGCUAGCUAUGGCAGAUGGGAUUAAGCGAUGCUGUAAUAUCUUCAUCUUCGUGUUUGCUUCAAAUGUUUGGGAAUUUUACUGCUCUCUACUGUUUGAGUCAGUUGCUUUCUACUCCUAAUUGAGUCAUUUUAAUCAUGUUUUGACCCAGAACUUAUGCUUUUUUAUCCAGAGCAAACUAUAAAAAUGAAAAUGAUCU